UUCGGACAACGGGUCCCACUGCGCAAUGCAGUCGUAUCUCGCCUCUACGACACAGUUGCAACCUUGGUGUUUUAAAUUACACAAGUACUAACUUAAAGAAUUAGUAACUAUAAAAAUGAAUUGUCAUCGAGAAAAAUUAUCAGUUCUUCAGCACAGCCUAACGGAUACAGUGGCAACAUGAGAAGUAUACUAUGGUGUUGUAUAUUGGUAGGGGCGCUGGCCUAUGUCAGCUGCCGGGAAGUGACUCGGGAGAAGCGGGAUGCUGAUCUUGAAACUGCUGCUUCAGGCCAUGGUGGCAAAUGGGACAAAGGUGGUGGCCACGAACAUCACGCUCAUCAUCACCAUGAUCACGGAGAGAAGGGUCAUAAGGGUUAUAAGGGCCACCAUCAUCACGAGCAUGGUAAAAAAGGACACCACCACCACGAAGGACACAAAGGACAUCAUGACGAACACGGCGGGCAUAAGAAACAUCAUCAUCAUGAUGACGGCCAUCACCAUGAACAUCAUCACGGCGAAAAGGGACACAAAGGACAUGGUCACCAUGAAGAGGGACACUAUCACAAAGGACAUUCCACAAAAGGACAUCACGGAGUACAUAAACACGAUGAAUUCAAAAAGGAAAAGCACUUCCAUGAUCAUCAUCAUGAUGGUGGUCACCAUGAACACCACGGCGGACAUCACGAAGAGCACGGCCAUAAGAAAGGCGGUGAAUUCCAUAAAGGACACAAGCAUGGCGGACAUCACCAUCACGAGCAUGGUAAGAAAGGCCACCAUGAGAAGGGUGGACACCAUCAUGACCACAAGGACCAUCACGAUGAAGGAGGUCAUCAUGAGCAUCAUCAUCAUCAUCAUGAUCAUGGAAAGAAGGGUGGUCAUGAAGACCAUAAGCACUGGGGUUUUAAAAAGGGACACAAAUAAAUGCCAAAAUCCCACCGACGGCAAGUGCCCUAUAUAUAAGUUUACUUAUAAUAUUUUUUCUGUUACUGUUAUUUUUGUUACU